AUGUUCGAGGCGCCUCAAAACUCCCCCCACCUCGGCGGCGGCGGCGGAAACCACCUUAUUGGCGGAAGCCGCCUGAGCGUAGAGCAGGCGCUUCUACUCAACAUGUCGCGCACAGAGGCUGAAAUGCGCAAAGUCGUGAUGGAGCGCGACGUGCUGAGAGAGGAGGUCGCGCGGAACCAGGCGGCCAUGCGCCAGCUCUCCGCGGACAAGUCUGCGCUCGAGGACCGCGUGCGCGCGCUGGAGAGCACCGUGCGCGGGCUCGAAACCCGCGCGCGCCAGCUCGCGGGGGAUAAGGGGCAGCUCUCCGCCGAGCGCGCGCAGCUCUCCGCGGAACGCGCGGGGAUCGAGACGCUCGUCCGCGCCGCGAAGCAGGAGGCGUUCUCGCAAGCAGUGAGUCAGAUCCACGUGGCGCUCAGCUGUGCGCCGAUUCCGCGCGGAAUCCGCUUUGCGCCCGUCGACGCGGAGGUCUUCCAGUACCUUUCGCGGAAGGUUCGCGGCGAGGUAGAGGACGUGGGUCUAGACCGUCUCUUAGUCCAGAGAUUAAGACGCGUCGCGGACUGCGACGGACUAAUCCCCGAAAUUGAGCUCCUUAAGUUCCCCAGGCCGUGGCACCUUCCCGGAUUAGACGUUUCCCCGGACGGCAAGGGCUUGACCGGGUUCUUUUUCGUUAGACCGGAAUGGCGGCCGAACGAGCGGCGCAGGCGGAGAGAAGCGGAUAUGGCGCCGUCCGACCCGAAGCCGCCCUGCUGGAAAGAAUCCUGCCAGCCCACGCCAUUCGCGGAUCUUGCGCCGAGCCUUGGCGCUUCUGUGGGUGCGGGGGGAGUGUGCGCGGGCGGAGUGGGCGGAGUGGCGGGAGCGGGGAUGGGAGGGGCUCUUCUUUUCCGUCCCGAGCGCCGAAUGUUUCGUUUCAAGCUGCCCGGGACGCGGGAGGGGCCAGCGGGGGAGAAGGAGAAGUGGAAGAUGUAUGAAUACACUCUAAAAUCGGAUUUGGAGAUGUAUGAAGACAAGAGGAGCGGGUUUCCCGUGUGGGUGGUGUGUAAGGUCGUGAGGGAGGGGCCUAUGACGAGGGAAGAGGAGGAAGAGGCGAAGGCGCGAGCUGCUGCGGCGGCGGCGGCCGCGGCGGCUGGCGGCGGGUCGAGCGGGAGCGGCGGCGGGAACCAGGGAGGCGGGGGAGGGGGAGGGGGAAGCGGAGGCGGAGGAGCAUAUUCGGGGGGAAGCUCUGGGUCCGGGGGAGCGUUUGGGGGAGGGGGUGGUGGGAGCGGUGGGGAGAGCGGGUAUCGGGGGAAUGGGGGCGGAGGGUAUGGGGGAGGAGGAGGGGGAUACUCAGGUGGGGGGGGAGGAGGGGGAGGAAACGUGUGGUCGUUGCUGCCUUCUCUCCCCGAGCAUCUGGUUCCGCCUGCGCUGGCGCUUGCGCCAGCAGCAGCGCGCGGAGGCUCCCCCAAGAGUUCUCCUGGAAAAGCUCCUGAGAAAUCACCUGAGAAUCCGCCUGGAAGAAUCCCCCCUGUGAUGCUCUCCCGCAUGCAGCUGCUGAACCAAUGGCUCGCCUCCAUGCCUCUCCCUCCGUCCCAAUCCCUUUCUGCCACAUCAGCAUCAUCCCCCGCAGCAGGGGCGUCAUCAGCGUCAGCGCCAGCACUCCCAUCUCUCCUGACUGCCACGUCAUCCUCUUCCACGUCAGCCAUCCAGGUGACAUCAGCAUCGGGACAGGUGUCAUCCACGGUUCAAGUCACUUCGUCCGUGUCUGUAACCGCAGCAGGUUCGGGAGCUGCCGAGCCUGUUGCCGAGCCUCUGGCGAUGCUGGCCAUGGCUGCUGCCAAACGUCUGCUGGAGGAUCGGUUGGUUCGGCAUGUGGGGAACAUCAGCGGAAGGAAGCUUCUGCUGCUGCCGGAGGUGGAAGGCCGAGAUGCAGUUGCUGCUACUGCUCUUACCACCACCACUGCUGCCAUCACCACUGCCUCCAAUGCUUCCACCGCUCCUGCUGGUUCUGCUGCUUCUGAUCCUUCUGCUGUUGGUGAUAAAGCGGGGAGGAGGGCCGGGAAUGAAGCGAGCGGGGAGCAGCAGAGGCCGUAUUGGCUGCGCCCCCCUUCCUGGGCCCGAGCCCUGCCGGAUUCUUACUGGGAUACUCCCGAGGCGAGGGCCGAGGAGGAGGAGGUGGUGGGUGAGGAGGUGGAGGAAGGGGAGGAGGACGAGGAGGAGUGGGAGGAUGGGGAGGAGGGAGAAGAGGGUGAGAAUGAGGAGUUGUGUUUGAAAGCUGGAGGGGAGAGUGAGGUGGGGAUGCUGGCUGCGGAAGUUUCCAAGAAGCUGGGUGAGCUGGUGGAGGCGGCGAGGAAGCUUCGGGGGAAGAUGCAGGGCUUUGCUCCUGUUGAGCCGGCCAUUUCCCGUGUGUUCAAUCUGGUUACACGUGUUACUGACGUGGCACUAGCAGACGAGCCUGCCGCCCAGCUCUGGCUGCAUGCGGUGGGCGGCUCAGUCAGCGAUGAGUUGGCGCCCGGAAUCUUCCUCGCAACUUCGCUGUCCGCCUCGCCACUGAUGCUUUUAGUUAAGUUCCAUGACUUGAGUGUGAUUAUAGAGGGGGGGAUGAAAGCUGUGUGGAAGCAGGCAGUAAAGAGGUUGCCGAAGGCGCUUGUAGAGAGGAUGAAUGAGGAGGGGAGGAGGGAGGUGAGGGGGAUGGAGGAGGCAUUGGAGGGAGGGGGGGUGGCAGUGGGAGUGAGUGAGGGAGUGAGUGAGGGAGUGCGGAAAGCACAGGAGGGAUUGCUGGCGCUGGUGUUGGCGUUGGGAGGGGGGAGUGAAGGAGGGGAGGGAGGAGAAGGGGGAUCAGUGAAACUAAAGGGCGGCUAUGGCACUGGAAAGAUGCAGCACGAGAAAGCGGCACCUGAGGUUUCACCUGAGGCUGUGGAGCCACCUGUGGCUGUUGAUUCUGAGGCGCCUCCAGCUGCAGAGGCCGGGCAGAAGAAAGUUAUGUUCUCGAUUGACGGCAGCGAACUGGAUGAGAACACCAAAGCGGCCAAUCAGCUGAAGAGAGAGCUCAUGAGCCUCUGUGAAAAGAGCAGCCGGAAAUCUUUCGAGCUGCCUGGAAGCAUGUCGAGCACCGUCAUCGAGGUUUUCCGGGCAGUCGGGUUCGAGUAUAACCUCCCCGACGUGCACGGGCAGGUGAAGAAAGAAGCGCGUUGGAAGGGGGAGGCGAAGGCGCUUCAGUGGAGAGGGAAGGAAGGGAAGGAAGGGAAGGAAGAGGGGGAGGUGUAUUUGGAAGGGGAGAUAAGUCAGCUGCAGGCUUUAAAGAAGGGGCUGGAGUUGGACUUGCAGCAACUGGACGUGAAACCUAGCUGCUCUGGUCGCGUUGAUGCCUCCAUGCGGUUACCACCCAACUCUGCUGAAGGUGUUCCGCUACAGGAUGUGACUAUAGAGUUGCUGGAUCAAAACAGCAAGGUCACACCCAUGCUACAGCUGAUCAAGGAAGCUGAAACCCUCUCCUCGCUCUCCCACCCGCACAUCAUCCCCCUCCUCGGCUAUUCCCUCGAAUCCCCCUGCCUGGUUUACCCCCGGAUUCAUCACGUCUCUCUUGCUGAUCACCUGCCGUAUGGUAACCGCGUGGCACGGUUACCGCCUCUCCAGUGGUUCGUCCGGGUGAGGAUAGCUUAUGAGGUGUCUGCCGCCCUGCUGUUCCUGCACCAGCAGCAGCCGCACCCGGUACUGCAUCGGGACGUCCGGCCGGCAAACAUCGUCCUGUUCUGGGAGGAGAAGGGCGAGCCGAAGGAGGAUGGAAAGGAGGAAGAAGAUAGGGGGGCCAAUCAAAGGGCCCCUUCUUGGUGGCCCAAGUUUCAGAGGGAGGGUGAGGCAAAGGCAGCAACUGCUGCAGCACCGGCAGAGGUCUCCGGUUCGAGUCUCGCUGGGCGCAGACUGGUGAGCAAGCUGGCUCGCGUCGGCUUCUCGGCUCUUAGUCAAAACCCGAGGACUGGGCGGGCAAGAGUGGAGGAUGUGGUUUUUCUGGAUCCGGAAUAUCCAAGAACUGAGGAGCUGGUCCCGUCUUCUGACGUGUAUGCACUGGGAGUGGUGCUCAUGCAGUUGCUGACUGGACGCAAUGCCACGUCAGCGCUGAGCGUGGUGACUGGUGUGGUGGAAGGGAACAAGGAGCUGGAAGAAGUUUUGGAUGAGGGGGCUGGCGGAUGGCCUGCUGAUGUGGCGAAGGCGGUGGCUGAGCUGGCAGCCAAGUGCACGGAUAUGAGGAGGUGUAAAAGACCCAGUUUGGUUGGUGAAGUGGUGCCUGUGCUGACAAAGAUGCAUGCCCUGGCCCUGGAGGUUGAGAACUAA